CUAAAUUUACGAUCAAAUGACUUUACGAUCAUAGUGCAAAUCAUUUUUAAUAUUCUCUUGAAAGGGGUUUUCUCUUUCCCUCCUCUUUAAAGCAAAAUGAAUUCAUCGCUUAACAAUCACCAAGAACAUUUCCUCACAUCACCAAAUACCCAUGACACUCUUAAUUCGCCCACUUCCACCAACGAAAAACUCUCACUGGUCGAAAAAUUUAAAUGCUCUUCCAAUGAUUCCGGUAACGAUCACAACAAAACCUUCGAUGACCAUUUCCUCAAAGAAAACCAUAACGCUAAGAAUUUGAAACAUGGGGAUAAAUUUGUGGCAGGAUUUACCAAUUCCUCUAACAAGGAUGCACAGCAAGAUUUGGAUAAACAUGUUCAUAAUAAUCAUAUUCCGCCUGGGACCAGAGUAUUCAAGAAAUCAAGUCCUAACAAUAAAAUAACAGCUUAUUUAGGUAAAAGAGAUUUUGUCGAUCAUUUGACGCACACUGAUCCGGUAGAUGGCGUUAUUUUAAUUGAUCCUGAAUACAUUACAGGUAACUGCAAAGUAUGGGCAUCUAUAUUGGCCGCUUUUAGAUACGGUAGAGAGGAUCUGGACGUAUUGGGCUUAACAUUUCGCAAAGAUUUAUACUUAGCUGUUGCUCAGGUUUAUCCUCCGGUAGCAGAUUACAAUAAAAAUCUAACCCGUCUUCAGGAAAGAUUACUCAAGAAAUUAGGACCCGAUGCUUAUCCGUUUUUCUUCGAGAUCCCUUCAUUAGCCCCGGCCUCUGUAAUACUCCAACCAGCUCCCAAUGACACGGGCAAACCUUGUGGUGUUGAUUACGAGCUCAAAUGUUUUGUUUCACCUAGUUUGGAAGAGAAACCGCUUAAAAAAUCAACCGUAAGAUUAGCCAUCAGAAAAGUGAUAUACGCUCCUGACAACAAAUUUUAUACGGGAAUUCAGCCUCACACUGAAGUGUCCAAAGAUUUUAUGAUGAGCCCCGGCCCUUUGCACAUGGAGAUUUGUUUGGAUAAAAAGAAAUAUUACCACGGGGAACCCCUAGCUGUAAACGUUCAAAUAACCAACAACUCUAACAAAACGGUCAAAAAGAUUAAAAUAGCAGUGCGACAAUAUGCCGAUAUUUGCUUAUUUUCGACAGCUCAAUACAAGUGUAACGUAGCAGAACUUGAAAGCGACGACGGUUUUCCCUUAGGGCCAUGUUGUAAUCUUUCCAAGGUUUACUAUUUAACCCCUUUGCUAAGCGAGAAUAGGGACAAGAGAGGAUUAGCUCUAGACGGCAAGCUAAAACAUGAAGACACAAAUUUGGCCUCCUCUACCAUAUUCAAAGACGAAAGGGCUUUUAAUACCCAUAAUGACCAAAAUAGCAAUGAAAAUAAUGGAAACAAUAAUCGAGCCAAGGAAAAGGAGAAUUUGGGGAUUAUUGUCAAUUAUGCUGUGAAAGUUAAAUUGAUAGUUUCUUUCGGCCAAGAUGUUAGCGCGGAGGUGGGCUUUGUCUUGACUCAUCCCAAACCGGUGGAGGAAACAGAGCCUGCUGAUUCACUGCAAGUUACUAACUAUGACAGUAAAUAUUCUAAAAAUACGAAAAGUCUUACCGACGGAAAUGAAAUAUCAUCAAAUAAACCAAUACGAACCAAUGAGCAGAACCAAGUUUCCAAGUUAAUUGAAGAGCCAGAUCUUAUAGAGCUAGGAGAAGAAGAAAAACGAUUAGAUCAAAAGAGCCUUGUUCAUGAUGAUAUAAUUUUCGAAGAUUUUUCCCGCCUUCGUUUACAAAAUGACAUUUUAAAUGAUUUAAACGCAAAAGAAAAAGAAGUUCAAAAUAAAGAUCCAAAUAACGAAUGAAAAAUCGAAUAUUUAUUUUUCUCCUCUUUUCAGAAAACGUUUUUUAAAAAUAAUAUAUAUUGUAAAUAGAAUAUAUUUAUUGUAAUAGCACAUCAUUAAAAUAUCCUUUUCAAAUUUAUAUAUCUUAAUCCCUUUUAAAUAAAUUUUUUGAUUUUUCAAAUUUAUUUUAUACACCAAUUCUUCCUUCUUAUCACCCAGGGAUGAAUUAAGUAUUACAGUUGUAACCUCAGCCGCACAUUCAAUACAUAGAAUUAGAUAAAUCUUGAUGCCUAAAAGAAUUAUACAUUCAGAAUUUAUUUUUAUUUUAUAACCAUAUCUUGACAAAAUGAAUUGCAUGUAUCUUUUAAUUGUCUUUGUAGUAGAGUAUAAAUAAAAUAUCCUUUGUAUUUUCUUUAUUAAUUCUUGACCCUUUACUUAAUUUUUAGCUAUUUUUUUAAAAAUCACACCACUAAUGUUAUUAUAAUUUUAAUCAAUCUUUUAGACUCUUGUGCCAAAUAUUAUUUUUAAACUUACAUUAUAUAAGUUAGGGGUUUUUUUACUGCUAAAGAGAAUUUUUAGAGUUUCAAUUUUAGUAUUCCAUUGCC